AUGCCGGUCAUCUCGCGCCUUGUAUCUAUCCCGCUUCGGAUUGCCGAGAUCGCUUUUGCUGCGGUUGUCGCAGGUAUCAUCGGACACUAUCUUGCCUCUUUUGACGAUAUCGACGCCUGGCCCCAGGCUCGCUGGAUAUACACCGAAGUAAUCGCCGGUUUAUCAAUUCUCCUUGGCUUGAUUUGGCUUAUUCCUUUCUCUUCGGGGUUCUUCUCUUGGCCAUUGGACGUCUUGAUUUCUUUUGCAUGGUUUGCUGCUUUCGGUAUUCUAGUCGACGCGAUCCACCACUUGCCCUGCGGGAGCAUCUGGUCAUGGCAAUUUCGAGGCAAUUCAGUUUGCGCGCGCUGGAAAGCCGCUGAAGCCUUUAGUUUUCUCUCCGCUAUUGUUUGGCUUGUUUCUGCACUAGUGGGUAUCUGGUUCACCUUCCGUGUCCGUGACUCUGGUGCUGGGACAACUCGCCGUCGCUGGGGCCGUCGUGGCCCAACUGCUGCCUAG